GUACUGCAACAAUGCACACGUUCUUUCAGUCAUAGCAACAGCGCUAAAACUAAGCAUCGCUUUCCCACAUUUUAUUUGCGAAAAUACCAGUUGGUUGGACAAUGUUUAUUUUAAGCCUAUAUUUGCUUUAAAUCGAUUAAAAAACAUAUACUACAACCCUGCAGCAGUGCAUCCUAUAUAUUGUUUUGACUAGCGUUGGAUCUAAAUUGAUCUAAAUGGUAAUAUUUCAUGAAGCUGGAUUAGGAAACAACGUUGCAGCUGCUCGUGUUGUGGGUUGAGGGGGUGGGGACGUGUGUCUGAUCAUAACAACAGAUCUACAAACGCUCUGCGUCAGGUCCGCUCUGCUAAUGCUGCUAUAGGCUUGCUUAUAGACCUGCGGUGCGACCUCACGCCCUCCAAAAGAUUUUACAACGCGCUUCGACCCCUCUCUCCGCUAGCUUGUCCUCUACAUGGACUCGGAGUUUGUUACUCCCCGAAGCAGCGUGUCCUCCACAUGGACCGUGUCGUCUCCUAACUGCAGGCUCGGGCUCUUCCCGUCAGGGUUUUCGCAUGGCCGGAGCCUGCUGCAAAUGUCCGGCCUCUCUGUCCGUGUUGAAGCGCUCCCUCUCGGUGGCGCCGCGAGGCUGCGGCUCCUCUCCCCCUCGGUCGGUCCUGCAGGGCUGGAGGAGGCGCGGGGACAGGGGCCUGCAGGAGGCAACCAGACCCAGUAGUGCCCUCAAAACCGCGGGUUUCUACCGACAAACAGCAUUUCUUUGUCUCUCCUGCCAGGAGUCCAUGAGCGACAGUCUGCGGACCUGCUACGUAUAUCUGAAUCAGACCAGCAGGAGCUUUGCGGCCGUGAUUCAGGCGCUGGACGGAGAGCUGAGACAUGCGGUUUGCAUCUUCUACCUGGUGCUUCGUGCACUGGACACAGUUGAGGACGACAUGACCAUCCCUUUGGAGAAGAAGGCGCCCAUGCUUAACAAUUUCCACACGUACCUGUACCAGGAGGAGUGGUGCUUCACUGAGAGCCAUGAGAAGGACCGUCAAGUUCUGGAGGAUUUCCCUACGAUAUCACUGGAAUUUAGAAACCUUGCGCAGGAAUACAGAGACGUCAUCUCUGAUAUCUGCCACCGGAUGGGUGUCGGGAUGGCAGAAUUUCUGGAGAAGAAGGUGGGAUCCAUGAAAGAGUGGGACCUGUAUUGCCACUACGUUGCCGGUCUCGUCGGCAUCGGUCUGUCGCGGCUCUUCUCUGCCUCCCAGCUGGAGGAUCCAGAAGUGGGACGGGACACGGAGCUGGCAAACUCAAUGGGCCUAUUCCUGCAGAAAACAAACAUCAUCCGAGACUAUCUGGAAGAUACUCAGGAGGGACGGGCCUUCUGGCCAAAAGAGGCGUGGAGCCAGUUUGCGAGUCGUCUGGAGGAUCUAGCCCAGCCCGAGAAGCUGGAGUCGGCUCUGUCCUGCCUUAACCUGCUGGUCACCGACGCUCUGCGUCACGUCCCCGACGUCAUCGCCUACCUGUCUCGGCUGCGCAACCAAAGCGUCUUCAAUUUCUGCGCCAUUCCACAAGUGAUGGCAAUAGCUACCCUCUCAACAUGCUACAACAACCCGAUGGUGUUUCAGGGUGUGGUGAAGAUCAGAAAGGGACAGGCUGUCACCCUAAUGAUGGAAGCCACCAACAUGAGAGCUGUGCAGACCAUCAUCGCCCAGUACAGUCAAGAGAUUUUACAGAAGGUCUCCCUCACCGAUCCGACGCGGGACAAGACGCUUCACAUCCUGGCUGUAAUCCAGGAGAAGUCUGCCCUUCCUCAACCUGACCUCAGCUGCAGGAACCACCACCUGUCUCCUAUGUACCUGUCGGCUGCCAUGCUGCUGGCCGCGCUGAGUUGGCAGUAUCUCAGUACGACAGCUGCCCAGGCGCAGGGCACAGGUGACAUGCAGUGACUCUCUUCCUGAUUAGACAACCCCUGUCUUUUCCUGGACAUCUAGUCCUUCUCUUCCUUGGGAAAUCUAAGGAAUGUCUUCCCACAUUGGAGUCCCACACUGGCUAUUAAAGAACCACAGGCUUAUUGAACUUUGGGAUUCUUUUUGCAGCCUGAUCUAAAAAAAAAAAAUUCUGCGUUCUCAUCCAUUUUGUGUUUACCGCAAAAGGACAAUUUUUGGAUUUUAGACAACAACUAUCAACCUUUGUGAAGUUUCACUGAUUUUUGUUUUCUGAAAUUUUAGCUUUUUGUGUUCUUGUUGAAUCCUCACUGUGAGAAACUCUUGAAAGUACAUCAGCAUUUGCACUGUUGGAUCACAUGGACAUAUUCCUAUAACCGAUUUAGAACAUUUCGUGUUUCAUUCAGUUUUGAAUUUAUUCAGCAAUAUAUGGGAAAGAUCUUUCUGCUAAUUUUAUCACUCAUGAACUAAAAGAAAUGGAAUAAAGUAAAAUAGAUUUUGAACAAGAGGAAUUUGUUGGCAAAGUGUCCUUAACAGCUUUGGUGAGUAGAAAGGCUAGCACAGAGUGACCUUGUACAGAACCAAAGGAGGACUACAAACAUUGCUAUGUAAUGUCAUUUUCAUUUGUACAUAUUUUGAAAUGAAAUGAAAUGAAAUUUAUUUGAACAUGAUACAAAUAUAAAAAUAAAAUAUUUGAAGAAAUAAAGAAUCUAAAGGGUGCAAUCUGUGUGAAAUCAGAGUAAGCUUGCACUUCUGUUUCA